CUCAUGCACGCGAUCACCAAAACAUCCCAAAAUCCUCAACACCAUAACUCCACCAAAUGGACUCUGUUUCCCUAGCUAUUAAAAAGGCACGCGCAGCAAGCUUAGACAGAUCAUUUUCGUACCAGGAAGUUGCUGAUGUGAUAAAUGUGUCGCGAUUAACAGUGUUGCAGAGGGCAAGAGGCGUAACCACGUCGCGUGCAGACGCCUAUUAACAACUACAAAAAC